AAGGUUCACCGACUCACGAGGUUGAAGAAGCUGGGUAUGUUUAUGUUUACAUUUGCUUAGAGCUGAACAAGUUGGGGUGUUUAAAGCCGCAAAAUUAACCCUUUUUCUCUUUCUCUUUUUCCUUUCCACACUCCAGAAAAUUCCCAUGAACUGGGAAGUGUUGAGAAUUGAUCACUUGAAAUAAAGGUUCAUACAUUUUCUGGUUGCUGAAGGCUUCUCCAAAACCCCAAACCCCAGAGAGAGAGAGAGAGAGAGAGAGAGAGAAAGAAAAAUGAGCAGUGCUUUUCUAAUGAACCCUGCCAUGAUUCAGAGGCAGUUGAUAUUGGUGAACCGUGCCAUUCAUCCCAUCAAAACGCCUUCUUUUCUCUCCAACAAAAUCCACUCUAGACCUUCUUUUCAUUUCCUGAUGAGGAAACCCGGACAAUAUGGAAUCUCUUCAUCUUUUUCUUCUUCUUCUUCUUCUUCAUCUACUGCAACUUCCAUUUCCAAGGUUGGCUUUGUGAGUUGGUAUUUGGGGAUGAUCAAGUCGUGGCCAAUUUUGACAAAAAGUGUUACUUCUUCCCUUAUUUACAUCGCUGCUGAUUUAUCCUCUCAGACUAUUGUGCGAGAAUCAUCAGAACCUUUUGAUUUUGUAAGGACUUCACGCAUGGCAGGAUAUGGGAUUGUCAUUUUAGGACCAUCGCUGCAUUUCUGGUUCAAUUUUGUGUCAAAGCUUUUCCCAAGGAGGGAUCUUUUUUCUACAUUGAAGAAAAUGGUCAUGGGUCAGACACUUUAUGGACCUGCCAUGACUGUUAUUUUCUUCUCCUUGAAUGCACAUUUGCAGGGUGAAACCGGCUCAGAGAUUGCUGCACGCUUAAAACGCGAUUUGCUUCCUACGAUGUUAAGUGGAAUUAUGUACUGGCCUAUAUGUGAUUUUAUAACAUUUAGGUUCAUUCCUGUCCAUUUACAGCCAUUAGUCAGCAAUUCAUUUUCGUACUUGUGGACCGUUUAUAUAACCUAUAUGGCAAGCCUAGAGAAAGCAACUUGAUCACUCAGUAUCAGCAAUGCCAAUUUUUGUUUCAUGAUUGAGAUUGGAAGCAAGCUGUGGGAUAGAGUCAAAACUUUUGGGUGUCUCCAGGGAGUUCUGAUCUCACGUUGUCCAUGGCUAUGCUACUGACCAGGACACUCAGUUUUAUCCAUUUUUUUAACCUGUAUUCCUCUUUAUUUGCUUUUGUAAUGUAAUCCUUUUAUAUGUAUGGAACCAAUUUGUAAAAGCUAUGUUUAUUUUUGUUAAUUGAAGACCUUUUCUUUUUCACGAAA